AUGGAGAAGAUGUCAAUUAAUACACCAAGAAUUGAAGCAAAUACCGACAGCAAGUCUUUUGCAACAAUACCAGAGUCUAAAACUGAAGAAAGAAGUUUUAAGAAUUUUGGGAUUGAUAAUCCUUCAAACGAUGAAUUUACCUUGCAUUUUUCUGAAAGUUCAAACGAAGAUUUUGCUAUUGUUGAUCAAGUUGGCAAGAUAGGAUCUAAAAAUGAUGUUUCUCUUCAGAACUUAAAAAAAAUAAUUCCAACUAAAGGGAAAAUUUUAAAUCAAGAGCAAGUUUCAAUUCAAGAUUUAGUUAAAAUUUCUUCAAUAAUGAAACCCGAGGCUGUAAAAAUAAAACGGCUUCAAAGACGUAAAAAGAGCCUCCAGGUUUUCCCUUCCAGUAGGGGCAGCUGCACAAUAAAAUUAAGGUCAAAAACCCACGUGGAGAAGUUAGAGGAAAAACACAUUCGAACUCACAGUGAUUUAAAAUCUUUUGUGUGUGAAGUUUGUGACGCUAGAUUUCCUCGAAAAUAUCAUUUACUUAGACACAUUUACAGUGAUAAAAAUAAAAAAAUUUUUGAAUGCGACACUUGUUCGGAAAAAUUAGCAAAAAAAUGCGGAUUGAUUAAACAUAUUAAAAGUCAUUCGGAAAAUAAAGACUGUCACGUUAAAAAAAAUAACGAAUCUCGAAUUUUUCAAUGUUCUAUUUGUUUAUCCAAAUUUGCGAGUUCAAGCAACUUAAAAAGACAUGCGCGCAUUCAUACGGGGGAAAAACCGCACGCGUGCAAGAUUUGUUCCGUAAGAUUUUCUCGGAAAGAUUAUUUGCAGCGUCAUCUUCUUUUCCACGAGGACGAAUCUUUGUUUGAGUGUCCCAUUCGUUCAGAAAAAUUUGAGCACAGAGCUGAGCUAGACAAUCAUAAAAGAGAUCACUUGAAGAAGAAGCCUUUUAAGUGCAAUGAUUGUUCCAAAACAUUUAUUGAUGCUAAGACACUGAAAAGACAUCGUGAAAUUCUCAAAGACAAAAAACUAAACCGUAAAAGAUUUGAGUGCGAUGUUUGUUCAUCUCAAUUGUCUAGAAAAGAUAAUUUGAUCGCUCAUUUAAGAGCUCAUGAGAAAUUUCCGCUUGUUUGCGAGGUUUGUUCGGAAAAAUUUGUUAAAAGAGUUGAUCUAAAAGAGCAUGUGAAAAUUCACAUGGAUGAAAAACCUUUUAUGUGUAAAGAUUGCUUUAAAUUAUUUGCUGAAAGCGAAAAGUUAGAAGAGCACGUAAGAAUUCAUGAUGAAGAAAAGCCAAAUAUUUGUGAGAUUUGCUCGAAAAGAUUCAAACGAAAUGACCGAUUGCUUAAACACAUGCAGUUUCAUACUAAAGAGAAACCAUUUGUGUGCGAAGUUUGUUCGAUAAGAUUUGCUGAAAAAAGGUCUCUGGUUAGACACUCAAAAACUCACAAUAUAGCUUUUAGGUGCAACAUUUGUUCAGCGAAGUUCAUUCGGAAAAGCGAUCUUGGGAAUCAUAUGAAAAUUCAUAUAAAUAAAAAGUCAUUUAAAUGCAGCGAUUGCUUUGAAUAUCAAUGUUCGAUUUGUGGGAAGAAAUUCAACCGUAACAGUUUGAGUUGUCAUAAACGAACUCAUGUUGAAAAAAAAUCUUAUGAGUGUGAUAAUUGCUCUAAGAAAUUCAAUCGGAAAUCUGGCAUUGUUAAUCAUAUGAAAAGUCAUAUGAAGAAAAAAUUAAUCAAAUGUCUUUAUUGUUCUGAGAAAUUUUUGCAAAAGAAUCAAUUGGAAAGCCACAUGAGGAUUCAUACGAAAGAAAAGCCGUUUAAGUGUAAGAAUUGUACUGCGAGGUUCAAACGAAAGGAUCAUUUAGAUAGACACUAUCGAAUCCAUACAGGGGAAAAACCGUUUGUGUGCAAAAUUUGUAAAGCCAAAUUUUAUCGGAAAGAUUACUUGGCUGAUCACGAAAAAAAACAUGAGGAAGAUACAUCUUAUAAUUGUGAGAUUUGUUCGGAUAAGUUUGUUCGGAGACAGGAUUUUCGUACUCAUGUUAGAAAUCAUGAACGGGAAAAGACGUUCAAGUGCGUAUAUUGCAAGUUGAAGUUUUUUAAUAAUGAGGAAUUGAAGGAACAUGUUACGAUUCAUGCUGAAAGAGCCCACAGUUUCAUUCUUCAUAAAAAGGUUCGACGGAAUUAUAACCUAAAUUUACAAAUAAUGGAAAAAAUGAAUAUUGACACGUCAAAAAUUACAGUAAAUACCGACAGCAAGUCUUUUAAAAAAAUACCAGAGUCUAAAACUGAAGAAAGAAGUUUUAAGAAUGUUGUGAUUGAUAUCUCUUCAGACGAUGAAUUUACCUUGCAUUAUACUGAAAGUUCAAACGAAGGUUUUGCUAUUGUUGAUCAAGUUGGCAAGAUAGGAUCUAAAAAUGAUGUUUCUCUUCAGAACUUAAAAAAAAUAAUUCCAAAUACAGGAAAAAUUUUAAAUCAAGAGCAAGUUUCAAUUCAAGAUUUAGUUGAAAUUUCUUCAAUAAUGAAACCCGAGGCUGUAAAAAUAAAACGGCUUCAAAGACGUAAAAAGAGCCGCCAGGUUUUACCUUCCAGUAGUGACAGCUGCACACAAAAAUUAAGUUCAAAGUCCCACGUGGAGAAGUUAGAGGAAAAACACAUUCUAACUCACAGUGAUUCAAAAUCGUUUGUGUGUGAAUUUUGUGACGCUAGAUUUGUUCGAAAAUACCAUUUAUACAAACAUAUUAACGGUGUUAAAAAUAAAAAAAUUUUUGAAUGCGACACGUGCUCGAAAAAACUAGCAAAAAAGUGCGGAUUGAUUAAACAUAUUCAAAGGCAUUCAAAAAAGAAAGACCGUCAAGUCAAAAAAAAUAAUGUCAAAUCAAAAAAAAUAAAGUCUCAAAUUUUUCAAUGUUCUAUUUGUUUCUUCACAUUUGUGGGUUCAAGAAGUUUAAGAAGACAUGCGCGUGUUCAUACGGGAGAAAAACCCUACGCGUGCGAGAUUUGUUUCGAAAAAUUUGCUCGGAAAGAUUAUUUGAAGCGUCAUCUUCUCCUUCACGAGGAACAAUAUUUGUUUAAUAAAAUAGAUCACUUGAAGAAGGAGACUUUUAAGUGCAAUGAUUGUUCCAAAACAUUUAUUGAUGCUAAUGAACUGAAAAGUCACCGUGAAAUUCAUAAAGACAAAAAACUAAAGUGUAAAACAUUUGAGUGCGAUGUUUUUUCAACUCAAUUUACUCGAAAAGAUAAUUCGAUCACUCAUUUAAGCGUUCAUGAUAAAUUUUCGCUUGUUUGCGAGGUUUGUUCGGAACAAUUUGUUAAGAAAGUUGAUCUAAAAGAGCACGUGAAAAUUCACAUGGAUAAAAAACCUUUUAUGUGUAAAGAUUGCUUUAAAUUAUUUGCUGAAAGCGAAAAGUUAGAAGAGCACGUAAGAAUUCAUGAUGAAGAAAAGCCAAAUAUUUGUGAGAUUUGCUCGAAAAGAUUCAAACGAAAUGACCAAUUGCUUCAACACUUGCAGUUUCAUACUGAAGAGAAACCAUUUGUGUGCGAAGUUUGUUCGGUAAGAUUCGCUAAUAAAAGGUCUCUGGUUAUUCACUCAAAAACUCACAAUAUAGCUUUUAAGUGCAAGAUUUGUUCAACGGAGUUCAUUCGGAAAAUUGAUCUUGAAGAUCAUAUGAAAAAUCAUGUAAAUAAAAAGUCAUUUAAAUGCAGCGAUUGCUUUGUGGUAUUUUCUGAAAGAAAUGAACUGGAGCGCCAUCUUGAAACUCACGUUAAAUAUCAAUCUCCGAUUUGUGAGAAGAAAUUCAACCGUAACAGUUGUCAUAAACGAACUCAUAUUGAAAAAAAAACUUUUGAGUGUGAUAAUUGCUCUAAGAAAUUCAAUCGGAAAUCUAGCAUUUUUAAUCAUAUGAAAAGUCAUAUGAAGAAAAAAUUAAUGAAAUGUCUUUAUUGCUCGGAGAAAUUUUUGCAAAAUAAUCAAUUAGAAAGCCACAUGAGGAUUCAUACGAAAGAAAAGCCGUUUAAGUGUAAGGAUUGUACUGCGAUGUUCAAACGAAAGGAUCAUUUAGAUCGACACUAUCGAAUUCAUACUGGGGAAAAACCGUUUGUGUGCAAAAUUUGUAAAGCCAAAUUUUAUCGGAAAGAUUACUUGGCUAAUCACGAAAAAAAAACAUGUGGAAGAUAAAUCUUAUAAUUGAGAGAUUUGUUCGGAAAAGUUUGUUCGGAGAAAGGAUUUUUGUACUCAUGUUAGAAAUCAUGAACGGGAAAAGAUGUUCAAGUGCAUAUAUUGCAAGGAGAAGUUUUUUAAUAAUGAGGAAUUGAAGGAACGUUAAGAUUCAUGCUGAAAGAGUGUUUAUAAGAAGCUUGCAGGUUUUUCAGUACUAA